UCGCAAAAACGAUUUUGCUGAAAAUAAAAUAAAGUCAAAAGUUUCACGACAUAUAUGAUGGUACAUCGAAAAUUGGAAGCACAUAUAAAUGAUGAAAAUAUUCAUAUGGAACCGUACUUUUCAGGUUUGACACGUUCAAUUCUUCAAUUUGAUCCGUUGGUUUUCGAACRACACGUCAUGUUUAGUUUACACGCUAUGCUUUAUAAAACUCUUUAUGACAAAGAAGAUGAGUAUGAAGAAUAUGGAGAACACAUUGCUGGCGAAGAAGAAGCAUUAGGUAGUAUACAAGAGGAAGUACUUGGUAAUGUUAUUGAUGAUGUUAGUCAAGAAGAAGUUCUAGGUCCAGUAUAUAGUGAGAAAGAAAAUACAAAUGAAAAAUUAAUAGGGCCAGAAUCAAAAUUUGUUAAAAAAUUAGAAGAUGCUGAAGAAGUAGUUUUAACACCAGAAGUUAUAGGAGAGUUAGAAAAUAAACAUUUUUUUUAUGGACUUGAUGAUGAUAAUUUUGAACCAAUAAAAAAAAAACCAAAACUAAGCAAUGAAGAUGGUAAUAAUGCAAAUCCUCAUAAAACUAUUGUUAUGCAUAUACCUCAAUUCAUUCGAUGCAACAAAGGUGGUCAAUCUAUUCAAAUUCAAAAUAUUGUUUGUGGUGCAAAUAUGGGAUGUCCUCUGGACUUGGUAAGAAUCGUCAUGUGGACUAGUAAUUCUGAGUAUAACCCACAGCGAUUUAAUGGAUUAAUUAUGCGUCUUCGUACACCUAAUGUCACCAGCUUGUUAUUUCCAUCAGGCAAAAUGAUCAUGCAAGGCGCUAAGGAUGACCUAACUGGAAAUUUAGGAUGUCGAAAAAUAGCAAAAAUUUUAGAGAGACUGGGACACAAUGUACAAUUUUGUGACUAUACAGUGCACAAUAUUGUUUGUACAUGGGAUGUUGGUUUCCCAAUAAUGUUGGAAGAAUUAAAUACUGCUCACUCACAGUUUACCAGGUACUUAAAUUUKUAUUACAAAUGUUUUAUACCAACUUCCACAGAACAAUGGCUGCAAAAGGCAAACGAGUUCAAAACAAAAUGGUCAUUYCCUCAUGCUAUUGCUGCUAUGGAUGGCAAACAUGUAGUAAUACAAGCUCCCAACGWAAGUGGUUCCGAAUUCUAUAACUAUAAGAACAGUUUCAGUAUUGUUCUUUUUGCCCUUGUCGAUGCAAACUACAAUUUCAUGUACGUUGAUGUAGGCUGCCAAGGCAGGAUCUCGGAUGGUGGGGUUUUCAAAAAUACAACGCUAUACAAAAAACUGGAGAACCGCGUUUUAAAUAUUCCCAACCCAUGUGUUUUACAAAUUCCAUAUGCUGUUAAAGUACCAUAUAUGAUAUUGGGUGACAAAGCAUUUGCGUUGAAUGAUUACACAUUGACACCAUUCAUGGGAAAUCCAGAUAAUGGUUCACCUGAACGUAUAUUUAAUUAUCGUCAUUCCAGAGCUUGCAGGGUAGUGGAAAAUGCUUUUGGAAUAUUGAGUGCGGUUUUUCGUGUGUUAAGAAAACCCAUGCUAUUGCAACCCGACGUGGCAGCAAAAGUAACAAUGACAACUAUAUAUUUGCAUAAUUUUUUACGCUCACGCACUUCAAGCGAAGUAUAUACACCCCCAGGAUCAUUAGAUACCGAAAACAACGGGGAAAUUGUAAAUGGAAGAUGGAGAAGUGAACAACCGAUGACAUCUAUGUUAGCAAUUCGAAAURUUCCUCGAAGAACAUCUGAACAUGCUAAAAAUACACGUUUACAUAUUGCGUCCCAUUUCAUUUUCAACGACGUGUUACCAUGGCWAAAUAUAUAUUAA